AUGGGAAUAACACGUCUAAGUUACCGGAGCAUAUUGUUCCUUUGGGGACUUGCUUUCGCAUCCGGUGUCGCAGCUAGCCUCGGCUCCGAGAACGCGUCGCGUGCCUCGCUGAGCUUAGACGGGUUGGAAGAAAAGCUCCAGACCUGCUCAGUUGUGCAAGAGCUCAAUGCCGAGAAGCUCGCAGGAGCUUCCGAAACCUCGACCUUAAGCUCCCAGAUAUUCGCCGUCUUGUUCCCGGGUAGCCCCGCCGUGAAUGCACUCUUAGCAACCCUUUACAUCUCAGGCCCGCCCAACUUCCUAUUGGCACUAUGUCCGCCAAAUAUCGAUCCCUCGUCGCUGUCGGUAAUGGUGGCUUUUGCUGUGGGAGGUCUGCUAGGAGAUACACUUUUCCAUUUACUACCUGAGAUCUUCCUCGGGGAAGAUAGUCCUGAGCAUGUUCGGUUUGUUCUUGUCGAGCCUAACCGUAACCUCUUAUUGGGUGUUGCUAUCAUGGUUGGCUUCAUGACUUUCGUAGCGAUGGACAAGGGAUUGCGAAUAGCCACGGGCGGGGAAGGACAUGAGCAUAACCACGGAAGCCAUUCCCAUGAUUCGCCAGCACAAGACAAGGCCAUUUCAUCCUCUGUGGAUGUCUCGAAUGCAGAACUUACAAAGCGGAAGAAAAGUAAUAAGAAGGAUGAAAAGGCCAAACAGGAAAGCGAAAAAGAUAUCAACCCUAGCGUUAGGCUAGGUGGCUAUCUCAACUUGAUUGCCGAUUUCACACAUAAUAUUACCGACGGUCUAGCAAUGUCAGCAUCAUUCUACGCUUCGCCUACAAUUGGCGCUACUACGACGGUAGCCGUAUUUUUCCAUGAAAUUCCUCACGAAGUUGGUGACUUUGCUCUGCUCGUACAAUCCGGGUUCUCAAAACGUGCUGCGAUGGGCGCACAAUUCGUCACGGCCUUGGGGGCUCUCCUAGGAACGCUGAUCGGCAUUGCGGUUCAGGAAUUCGGUGGUAGCAGCGCGGAUGGUAAUGGUAUUCGCAUGACUGAGGGCAUCUGGGGAACUAGCCUGACAUAUGGUGACCUGCUGCUGCCUUUCACCGCCGGAACGUUCCUUUAUGUGGGUACAGUCGCGGUAAUUCCAGAGUUGCUGGAAACUGGUUCCAAUAAAGCCCUGGAGCUCCGGAAGAUGAUUGUGCAGUUCGCCGCCAUCGCGUUAGGCGCCGGUAUCAUGCUUUAUAUCUCAUGGGACUAA